AUGACUCGUUUCUGGAAACGUGCUGGUGUCAGAGAGGAAAAAGACAGCAUUACCGUUGUUCUUGACAAACGUAAUUUGCGUACACCCAGUAAGAAUGUUGUACAAUUCCCUGUCAAACAAAGAGAAUUAGCAUUGUUGACAGCUGCUGAAUGGGAUGCCCAAACCAAGAACUUGAAGGCACACACUUUACCUUUGACGUCCAUUGUUGCUCGUGCCAUUGAUGCCUUUGAUCCUGCCCAUGCUGAAGAUUUAACAGUACGUGGAGCGGUUAUUGACAAAUUGAUGGUGUACUUUGACACCGAUGCCAUUUGUUACCAUGAGGAAUUUCCCGAGAUCUUGACAGAACUUCAAGACAAAUAUUGGAAACCCAUUCUCGAUUGGACACGCAACGAAUUUGACGUUCAAAUCAAUACCACGACCGAUAUUUUCGCCAUCACCCAACCUGACGAGACUAAGGCCAAGUUCAGAGCCAUCAUCGAUCAAAUGGGUCCCUUGGAAUUAUCCGCUUUUGAAAAAGCUGUCUUGAGUUCCAAGAGUUUCUUGAUUGGUUUUGCUCUUGUGCAUCAAGGUAUCUCCGUUGAACAUGCUGCUUGUGCUGCUCAAGUCGAAAUGAAUGCUCAAAUGGAUCGUUGGGGAGAAGUUGAAGACAGUCAUGAUGUUGAACGUGAAUAUAUCAGACAAACACUUGGCUCUGUGGCCAUUGCUUUGAUGGAUAAACAUCAAGGUUAA